GCCACCAUGGCCCUCCAGGCGCGGCACCGCUACGUCGUGGCGCGAUUGAACGAGGCCUUCGAGGUGAACGACGAGGAGGCCGUCGAAGCGCUCGUCAGAAGAGAUUCGUUCCUGCAGAAGCUCAACAACUUCUUCGGGAGCCGCGGGCCGGAGCGCGUCUUCUUCUUCUUCGAGCGGGGCGACUUUGAUAAGCCCGGCAACGCGCCUUUACAUAAUAAAAACAUGGUCCACGACGACCGCAUCGCGUUGUACUAUUCUGAUGGAAGUGAUUUGACGGAGCUGCCCGAGAGUUGUCUGCAAGGGACGUGUGCGUAUUUCAUGAAAAAAGCGACGGGCAAGGAGGGCCGUACUUUGGCCUUGGACCCCUUGAAGGCUCGCGACGGGUCCAUGGUCUUCGGUACGGUCCGAGACCCCAUGCGUUCCCUCGAAGCGUACUUGUCUUCGCUCUAUCAACCGAUGCUAAAAACCUCAAAUAAAAUAGUGUGGGGCGCCGCGUCGGAUGCGCACCGGACGGAGUUUACGGUGUCCGUCGAUUCGUUCUCGAAGAACGUUCGCGAGAACGUGAGAUCUCUCGGAGGUGGAUUAGAAUUGCGGCAGCCGUCCGGCGCUCUCUAUGAGUUAGAUGAUCCGCAACAACAAGCAAGUGAUCCGCGCAUCGCCCAAGCUCAUUUAGAGUUGCUAGAGGAGUGGUGCACGUCCAUCGAAGGCUAUUUGGGGGAUACGGACAGAAGUAAAUGGGAGACCCCCGACAGCGGCCCCGACAGUGAGUUAGAGUAUUGGAGAAGACGCAUGCAACGUUUAACCUCAAUCACGGACCAGCUCAAGACGAAGCGCUGCAAGCAAGUCAUCGUAUUACUCACAGCGGUCACGAAACAACCUGAGGACGAGAUGGCCGCGCCGCGGAAUAAGGUCCUGGCGCUCAUGAGACGGUGGCGCCAGAUCGACGUCUGCAUCACGAAAGCCGCGAACGAAGCGAAAGACAACUCCAAGUUUUUGUCGACGUUGGAACGGUUCCUGGAGCCCCUGAGGAGCGGCACGCCGACGCAAAUUAUCGAUUCCAUACCGGCCCUCAUGAACGCCCUCAAGAUGGUCCACACCAUUAGUAGGUUCUUCAACACUUCCGAGCGCAUGACGAAGCUCUUCAUGAAGAUCACGAACGCCAUGAUCAGGAGCUGUCGCCUCGCGAUCAACGGCACGGACACGUCCGCGAAGAUGUGGGAGAAGCCCGUCGGACCUUUGUUGGACAUGCUCGAGACGUGUCUGCGGAUGAACGAGUUCUACCAGGAGCAGUACAAACUGACCAAGGACAAGCUCGCGCAGAUGCCGACCGGGAGGCAGUUCGACUUUGCGGAAGCGCAGCUGUUCGGGAAGUUCGACCUGUUCUGUCGGCGGCUGAUCAAGCUCAUUGACGUGUUUUCUACUAUACAACAGUUCCGAGCGUUGGUGGAGCACAAAUUGGAAGGGAUGGAGCCUUUAUUACUAGUGUUCGAUCAAAUUAUCGACCAAUUUAAGGAGAAGAAGCACGACCUGCUGGACUACAACACGAACAAGUUCGAUCGCGACUUCGUGGAGUUUAAUGUGAGAGUCGGGGAGCUGGAGACGUCGCUGCAGCACUUCAUCAACCGGUCCUUUGAAAGUAUAUCUUCUAUUGAGGCGUCGCUGCAGUUGCUGAAGAAGUACCAGCAGAUCUUGCACCGAGAGACUCUCAGAGCUGAUUUGGAUGCCAAGUUCAUGAUCAUCUUCCACAAUUAUGGGCUCGAGUUGGCGUCGGUGCAAGAGACGUACGAGAAGUGCAAGCACGCGCCGCCCGCCGCUAGAAACUUGCCACCGGUGGCCGGAAACAUCACCUGGGCCCGCCAUUUGUUGAGGAGGAUCGAGGAGCCCAUGAAGCGCUUCCAGUCGAACAAGGCCGUGCUCGGUAGCUCGAGGGAGGCGAAGAGAAUAGUCAAGGCGUACAACAAGGUCGCGCGCACGCUCGUCGCUUUUGAAUACUUGUGGUACGAGGCCUGGUGCAAGUCCGUCGACGCGGCGAAGGCUGGCCUACGAGCGACGCUGAUCAUACGACACCCGCAACAUAAUACGUUACAUGUCAAUUUCGACGCGCAAGUGCUGCAGCUCAUACGGGAGGCGAAAUGCUUGCAGAGGAUGUCUGUCGAGAUCCCGGAAGGCGCGCGCACCGUCCAGUCCCAAGAGCAGCGCUUCAAGGGCUAUUACGACGAGCUACGGUCGUGUCUGUCGGAUUUUGACAGAAUAACAUCAACGAUCUCGCCGACCACGUUGAAAGCUUUGGGCCCCCACGUCGCGACCGUCGAAGCGGCGUUACGACCAGGCAUGGUCGCAUUGACGUGGACGUCGAUGAACCUCGGGUCGUACGCCUCAAAAGUACGAGCAGCAUUAAACCAGCUCGAACAUUUAGUGGGCACGAUUAAUGAUCUGGUCGAAAACCGCAUCGAGAAGAACCUCAAAGUUAUUUCCCGCAUCUUGUUAGUUGAUCUACCCACAGAUAGGUCAGUGACGCUCGACGAGUUCGUCUCGAUGCAAGAAUUAAAAGUGAGAACCGAAUCUGAGAUCUUAAUAGCCAAAAACUUAGAAGUAGAGACGGCCGUGGAAGAUCUCAUCUCGGAACUCGCGAGAUACCCCCUAUGUGACGACGAUACCUUGGAUACCGAAGCCAUAAAUUUGUUAAGAGUCCAUUACAACAAGAUGCUCUACACGGCGCUCUUGAACUGCGUCAAGAACUCGCUCAAUAAGAUGAAGGCGAGAGUCUGUGUAAGAGGUGGCGGCACGGGUUUUCUCUUCGUCCAGCGGCCGUUUUUUACGGUCGACGUCCAGCUCUCCGUGCCUUCGGUCAGGCUAGCGCCGUCGUUAGAUGACGUCCAGCGGGCCAUCAAUAGGUCUGCGGUCGCCGUGUUGGGGUGUGCGAAGCGCGUCUUCAACUGGGGGCAGCUCGGCCUGCCGGACGAGCGGAAGUCAGCUUUUUUUGAUCGUUUAGGUAGAGAUACGGAGAUCGUGAAGAUCGCCCUCUUGUUGACGGGCGCUCUCCAUGCGACAAAAAAUCAAGUGCAAGAUUGCCUAUCAGCGUUCAAGCAGUACGACUGGUUGUGGAAAGAUGAUAGAGAUAAGCACUACUCGCGUUUUACGGCUCGGAACCCGAAGCUCGAGGACUUCGAUAAGCAGUUGCAGUACUUCAUGUCCGUCGAGGAAGCCAUCACAAGGAUCACGCCCAUGACGAACAUCGGCGCACUCACCUUGAACACGGCAAAUUACAAGCUACAGUUGCGGAACGAGUCGCGCCAGUGGAAACAAAUAUAUUCUACUAAAAUACAUCAUAUGGCUAGAGAUGCGUUACGCGGCUUGUUAGACUACAUAAGAACAACAUCAACAAAGCUCCACACGGAGGUCACGGAUUUGGACACUUUGAGAUAUGUGAUGACCGUGCUCAAAGACGUGAGGGAGAAGGAGUCGUCGAUAGAGAUGGAAAUAGCACCCAUCUUCGACAUGUACGCCAUGCUGGACCACUACCUGCCCGGUGGGCUCGUGGAUCAGGACGAGAUGGACCAAAAGAGUGUGCUGCGGCCGUCGUGGCACAAGCUCGCCGACUUAGCUGAAGAUGUGGCCGACGAGCUCGGCAAGAUCCAAGGGCAUUAUAAAAAGAAAUUAGUUUUGGAUGUGCGCGAGUUCAAGCAGGACUGUAGUGAUUUUAGAAGUGAUUUCGAGCGUAAUGGCCCUGGGGCGCCCGGGUGCUCGCCCGAGGAGGCCGUGGAGCGGUUGAAGCGUUAUAAAAAUGAAUUGGACGUGCGCGAACGGAAGAUGGACAUGUACAUUGCGGGCGAGGAGCUCUUCGCGCUACGCACGUCGAAGUACCCGGAGAUGGCGCGCACGCGGAAGGAGGUCGGUUUGUUGGACCAGCUCUACGGUUUGUACCUCGACGUCCUCCAGUCCGUCGAAGUCAACCAGUCGACGUUGUGGAUUGAUGUUCCGGGAAGAUUACAGGAAAUGACCGACGAGGCCAAUCAAUUUGACCUGCGAUGCAAAAAAAUGCCGAAACGGCUGCGCGAGUGGCGGGCCUACGAGGAUUUACGGGCGAAGCUCACGGACUUCCAGGACCUGCUACCUCUCAUAUCAGAGCUGGCCAAACCUUCGGUCAAACCUAGACACUGGAAGGAAUUGUUUUCGCAGGGCGGUUUUACGCUCCCAUAUGACAAGGAGGCCUUCCAGCUCCAGGACAUCUUCGAGUCGCCCAUUCUUACAUGGAGAGAGCAGGUCGAGGAGAUCUGCGAGGGCGCCGACAAGCAGCUGGGCAUCGAGACCAAACUCAAUGAAUCCCGAGAAACGUGGUCUCAUACGACAUUUACGUUCGGCCGGUGGAAGGGUCGGGACUGUCCCAUCCUCCAGGCGUUUGGCCAGAUCAUCGAUGAUUUGGAAGAGGCCCAGAUGAACAUGCAGACCCUGCUGAGUAUGCGCCACGUCGGGCCGUUUCGGGAGCCCGUGCAGGAGCAGCUCACGGCUCUCAGUGACACGGCGGACACGCUGGAGCUGUGGAUCAAGGUCCAGCUGCUCUGGACGGCUUUGGAGAGCGUCUUCAUGGGCAUGUAUCAGUGUCCAAACUUCGACACGACGUCCCUUCGACACAAUCGACCGUAUCCAGAGAGACCCCGAGUUGAACUUUGAUUGAACCACGCAGGCGGCGACAUCGCGAAGCAGAUGCCCCUCGAGGCCAAGAAGUUCCUCAAGGUCAGUGACUCAGCGUGAUUUCCUUCAAUUUCUCAACUUGAAGUUGCGUCGACGGCGUCAUGUCGCCCUCAUCAUGAUCAUCGGAGCGUCGACGCGCCUCGCGAGUGCACAUCGAUGGGUUUCGCGACGCGGUCGUUCGACGCAGGUCGACCGCGACUUCGUGAAGCUCAUGGCCAAGGCCGAGCAGACGCAGAUCGUGUUGCAGUGCUGCGCGAACGAAUUGCUGAAGAACACGCUGCCGGUCUUGUAUGAUGAGCUCGAGCGGUGCCAGAAGUCUCUCGAAGGGUAUUUAGAACAAAAAAGGGCCAUCUUCCCGCGGUUUUACUUCGUGUCGAAUGCUGCCAUACUCAUAAUUUUAUCUCAAGGCUCCGACCCGUUGCAGAUGCAGCCCUACUACGAGAAGGUGUUCGAUUCGGUGAACCAAGUGGAACACGACAAGAGCGACAAGGGCAAGAUUUUGGCCAUAAAAAACAUUUCGGGUUCCGACGAGGAACGGGUCAAGCUCGCGAAAGUCUGUCUUGCGAGUGGUAGCAUCGAAGUGUGGUUAGGAAAACUAGUCAUAGAGAUGCAAAAGACGUUAAAAGCGUUGUGUGAAACCGCAGCAGCACAAUGCGCGGAGAUGUCGCUCGGCGACUUUGUGGACGCGAACUGCGCGCAGUUCGCUUUGUUGGGCAUCCAGUUCAACUGGACGGCGCAGUGUCAAGAAGCUCUUGAGAAAUCGAAGCAGAACAAGGCUAUCGUGCAAGACACGAACCGGCAACAGUUAGUCGUGCUGCAGGAGCUGUCGUCGUGGUGUCUCAAUGACCUCAAAACCAAAAUGAACCGCCGGAAGAUCGAAACGUUGGUUACUAUUCAUGUGCACCAGCGCGACGUGUUUGAAGACUUAGCGAGGUUGCACCGCUCGAGGAAAGGAGGGUUAGAUGCAGGGGAUUUCGAGUGGCUCAAACAAGCGCGCUUCUACUGGCGCCCCGACGCCAAAGAUGAUCACGGUCCGUCCGCCUGUGUGGUCGCGGUCUGCGACGUCGAGUUUACUUAUAGUUUCGAGUACCUAGGAUGCAAGGAACGACUCGUGAUCACGCCGUUGACCGAUAGGUGCUAUAUUACAUUAUCACAAGCUUUAGGAAUGCAUCUGGGAGGUGCUCCCGCGGGCCCCGCCGGCACGGGCAAGACGGAGACGGUCAAGGAUCUAGGGAGAGCGCUAGGUGUCUUCGUGGUCGUCACAAAUUGUACGGACCAGCAAAGGUACACGGACAUGGCCAAGAUCUUCAAGGGUCUUUGUCAAGGUGGCUUGUGGGGGUGUUUCGACGAGUUCAACCGCAUCGAGUUACCUGUCCUGUCGGUCGUGGCCCAGCAGGUCUUAGCUAUAACGAACGCGAAACGAGUGGGCGCGAAAUCGUUUUCGUUCCCGGGCGACCCCCAGGUCAUCGGUCUCAUCCAGAACGUCGGCUACUUCAUCACGAUGAACCCGGGCUAUGCUGGCAGGCAGGAGCUGCCCGAGAACCUCAAAGUCUUAUUUAGAUCUGUAUCGAUGAUGGUCCCGGACCGCGAGUUAUCAGUGUGGAAAUCAUCUCGGCACCGCGGCCCUCGGAGAGGCCCAAACUCGGCCACGACCUCCGACUGAUAGUUGAGACCGUAGUGAGAGAGAAACACCUCACUCCGACCCCAACACACCUCAAAUUGAAGCGCAACUUGAACUUUGAUGUCCACGCAGGCGAGAUCAUCAUGAAAGUUAAAUUGUGUUCCGUCGGUUAUAGUAAAUUCCCGGAACUUGCCCGGAAGUUUAAUGUUUUGUACCGAUUGUGUGAACAGCAACUCUCGAAACAGAAACAUUACGACUUUGGAUUAAGGAACAUCCUCAGUGUUUUGAGGACGGCCGGUGCGACGAAACGGAAAGAAUUGGAAGCUGACGAGGAGUUGCUCGUCAUGCGUACUUUAAGGGAUAUGAAUUUAUCAAAAUUUGUGGCGCAAGACGUGCCUUUAUUCUUAUCUCUACUCGCGGACCUGUUCCCGCAAAUCACCAUUCCCCAGGGCGGGGGACACGAAAAAGUGCAGGAGACACUCACAAGUGUCAUAGACAAGUACCGACUCAUCGACCACGAUAGUUGGCGGCUGAAGGUCAUCCAACUCUACGAAACGACGUUGGUAAGGCACGGCAUCAUGCUCGUCGGGCCCCCUGGAGCAGGAAAAUCCAAUAUAAUAAACGUGUUGCAAGACGUAUUGUCGAGAGUCCUAGGCAUAGCCCACAAGCGCGUCCGGAUGAACCCGAAGGCCAUAAGGGCGGAGGAGAUGUUCGGCGAGACCGACCGGUACGAUCUCGGCGUCCCACGUCGGUGCCUUCACUUCAAUACGACUCGUGUCCAUCUCACGAUGCCGGGGGUGGUUUCUUUUUUGCUGAAGAGGCCGUUCGGACCGUAUUCACGAGAGAUGCUCCGCGCAGGUUGAGCGGCGAGUGGAUCAGCGGCAUCUUCGCGGCCAUGUGGGGCAAGUUCAACGAUCGGGCGCGGAAAGAUAAUACCUGGAUUUUAUGUGACGGUCCUGUUGAUGCCGUGUGGAUCGAAAACUUGAAUACGGUGCUCGAUGACAACAAGAUCCUCACAUUAGCCAAUGGUGAUAGAAUACCCAUGACGGACAACGUCAAGCUCAUGUUCGAGGUUGAAGAUUUAAGGAACGCCUCUCCUGCGACAGUAUCUAGAGCAGGGAUCAUCUUCGUCAGUGCCUCAGAUUUGGACUGGGAACCAAUACUAAAAGCCUGGCUGAAUAAAUGCGACCCCGUGCACCACCCGGACAUGCUGCGGGAGCACUUCGAGAACUACCUGGGCCACUGUACAUCCCUCAGGGAUUGCGGCCUGGCCUUCGAGUGGCUCCGGGCGAACUGCAACGUGCCCAUUUCCGUCAGUAGGGUGGGCAUGGUCGAGAAGACGCUGACCUUGAUGGACGCAUUAUUAUCAUGUAUGGAGAUCAGUGAGUCGAUCGACGACGCGCAUCACGAGCUCGAGCGGUGCGUGCUCUUCAGUCUGACCUGGGGCGUUGCUGGCUUACUUGAGAGUGAUGAUCGAUUGAAGUGGGACGCCUGGCUGCGGGAGAUGGACUCGGAACCGACGAACAUGCCUCUCCACGUCGCACAAGGCGAGUCCAUCUUCGAGUACGGCAUCGACCAUGAAACGAUGGAGUGGGAGCGGUGGAGUACGCCGGUCUACAAACCUCCCCGUGGGGAUGUGGAGGACUGGUCCGGUGUUUUGGUGCCCACGCUGGAAACAACUAGAUGUGGCUACAUCUUAAGUCAACUACGUAGUAGAGAAACACCAGUACUGCUCCUAGGCGGGUCCGGCACGGCGAAAACCAGUACGGCCUACAUGUUCUUCGACUCCUUAGAAACGGAAAAGAACAUCAUUAAAAAGAUGAACUUUUCCUUUGCUACCACUCCUGGCUCCUUCCAAGGUAGCAUCGAGGCCGAGCUCGACAAGCAGGGCGGCAAGAGUUAUGGACCACCAACGGGUAAAAGGAUGACCAUCUUCUUAGAUGAUUUAUCCAUGCCUGAAGUUAAUACGUGGGGCGACCAGCCGACUCUCGAAUUAGCUCGUCAAUUGGUCGAGACGGGUGGAGUUUGCUUCCUGGACAAGGACAAGAGGGGAGAUGUCAAAGAAGUAAGGGGCGUGGAUUAUGUUGGAGCGAUGGACCUGCCGGGAGGGGGCAAGAAUGACAUCCCCAACAGACUGAAAAGGCAUUUUUUCAUGCUGACGGUCGUGACGCCUUCUCCCUCGUCGGUAGCCGCUAUCUAUGGUAUAUUGUUGCAAUCCAGAUUCGACGCGAAAGAAUUUAAAUAUUUAGGGGGGGAGUUCCCGGGCUUCGUGGCGAGGAUGCCCCCGACGACGAUGGCUUUAUUUAAAUGGUUAAGGGAGAAGAUGCUGCCCUCACCGACGAAAUUCCACUACACGUUCACGCUGAAGGAUCUUAGUCGUUUAUUCCAGGGUAUCCUGCGGACGCCGAAGUCGACGUACACGCAGGAUUCUGUGUUGGUGCAGUUGUGGAGACAUGAAGCGGAAAGAGUGUUCAGUGAUAAGUUGGUCAAUUUACAGGACAAGGACAAGUUCAAGAAGGAGCUUGAUCUCGUUUCCAAACAGUUGACCGGGGCCGCACCUGCCAAAGGGAAAAAGGACCGGCCGCCGUCGGCGCUGAAGUCUCCUACCAAAAGAGGUAAAUCCGUCUCACGGCCUGGUUCAGCGCCAGCCGCCGAUAUUCAUUCGCGCUGCGUCGCUCCCGCACUGUUUGUGGACUUUCUUAGAGAUGACGAGUACGACGAGGACGGCAUCCUGGCGCGAUCUCGGCGUUUUGAUUAGUAAAGGUGCCUUCACUUCCUUGGACGUGUCCAUCUCACGAUGCCGGGGGUGGUUUCUUUUUUGCUGAAGAGGCCAAUUCGUGAUGCUCCGCGCAGGUCGCCGAGGCGCCGAAGAUUUACGAGGUCGGCGGCGACAUCGACUCGUUACGUACUCGAUCGAAGCAUUUCCUCAACCUCUACAACGAGGAACAUCCAGCAAGACAGAUGAAUUUAGUUAUUUUCGACGACGCGCUGUUGCAUCUAGUUAGAAUCUCGAGAGUGCUGGGCAUGCCUCGAGGUAACAUGAUGCUCGUCGGCGUCGGCGGCUCCGGCAAGCAGUCCCUCACCCACUUAGCCUCGUACAUGGCCGGCUCCGUGCCCUUCCAGAUCGUGCUCACGAAACAAUAUAACCUCGCGACGUUCCUCGAUGAUCUUAGAAUGAUGUACAAGACCGCAGGACAGCAACGAAAAAAAGCUACGUUCAUCUUCACGGACUCGCAGAUCAAGGAUGAGAACUUCUUAGAGUUACUCAACAGUCUACUCAUGACGGGCGAGAUCCCCGGCCUCUUCCCGAAGGACGAGCUCCAGAUCAUGGCGUCGGACAUCCAGCAAUAUGCGCCCAAAUCAGUACCGGUGGACACGCCGGAAAGUCUCGUGAAGUUCUUCUUCGACACGGUCCGUAGGAAUUUACACGUCGUCCUUUGUUUUUCGCCGGUCAAUGCGAAGUUCGCCGAUCGCGCGCAGAAGUUUCCUGGGCUCAUCACGGGGUGUGCGAUCGACUGGUUCCUGGGCUGGCCCAAGGAAGCGUUAAGAGCUGUUAGCGAAGGUUUUGUCGGAGACAUGCCCAUCAUGUGCUCUGAUACCGUGAAAAGUAACUUGAUCGAGCACAUGGCCUUCGUCCAUAACUGCGUGGUGGAGUGCUGCGGCGAGUACUUCCAGAAGAUGCGGCGGCACGUCUACCAGACGCCUACCUCCUAUUUGGCCUUUUUACAAUUUUAUAAACGAGUCUACGCGACGAAGUUACAAGAAGUAGAAAGGAAGGCGUCGAACGUGCGCGUUGGUUUGGAGAAGCUCGCGAAGGGCGCCGAGGACGUCGAGAGCAUGAAGGUCGUGCUCGCGGACGAAGAAGUCAAGCUCCAAAAAGCGAAUGAAGAUACCACAAAGAUGCUCGGUAAACUACAAAAAAGCAGCAUGGCCGCCAAGAAAGAAGCUGAUAUUGUCAAUGACAUAAAAAAGGGCUGCGAGGAGGAAGCCCACAAGAUCGCGCUCGAGAAGGCCGACGCGGAGAAGGAUCUCGCGAAGGCGAUGCCUUUUGUGGAAGAAGCGGAAAGAGCUGCCAAUUCGAUCAAGCCCAACGACCUGAACGAGGUCAAGAAGCUCGGGAAACCUUCCGACAUCAUCAAGCUCGUGUUCGACCUGGUCGGUUUACUGAAAAUGGAAAAGAUGGUCAAGACGGAGACCGCGGAAAUUACGAUGGGUGCGGCCGCGGCGCCGCAGCUCGCCUUCCCUUCAUUGGCAUGAGUCGCCUUCGAGAGAGGAGGUCGCGGGUGGUUUCUUUUUUGCUGAAGAGGCCGUUCGGAUCGCGAGACCCGCGCGCAGGCAUCGGGAAAGAAAAGCGGACCUUCGGCUUCAUCAAGGAUAGUUUUAAAAAUAUGCAGGGCGGCAUGCUCGCCGACUCGUCAUUUCUCAAAAAUAUUUUCUACUUCAGUAAAUACGAAAAGGACAUGAUCAACGACGAGACGAUCGAGUUCAUGCGCGCGCGCGGCGUCCCGUGGUUCAAAGUAGGUUUCACGCCAUCGACGCGCUUCGUGUCCAUCAGACGAGGUCGUGGGUAGUUUUUUUUCGAUUUUUGAGGCAGUUCGAGUGACCGCGAUGCCCCGCGCAGGCAACCCUAUUUAGAUAUUGAGGAGUACAACACGCUCGUGGCGAAGAACGCGUCGAAAGCUGCCGAAGGCCUGUGUGCGUGGACCAAGGCCAUGUGUAGCUACCAGGCGGCCUCGAAGAUCGUCAAGCCGAAGCUCGAGGCCCUCAAGCUCGCCGAGGCGAAGCUCGCCGAAGCGCAAAAAGAACUCGACAAGGCCGAGGCCAAGCUCCAGGGCGUCAUGGAUGUUUUGAAUAAGCUCCAGAAGCAGUUCGAGGACCAGAUGGCCGUCAAGGCGGAGAUCGAGGCCGGUGCGUUUGCGGCGUCCGACGCCGGGGGUCGUUUCUUACCGCGAUACGCGCAGGCGCCAAAAAGACGCGCGACAAGAUGCAGCAGGCGACCGAUCUCAUCGGCGGGCUGGCCGGCGAGCGGAAGCGCUGGACCGAGGACAGCGCCAAGUUCGACGCGACGAAGACGGCGCUCGUCGGCGACGUCGCCGUCGGUGCGAUCUCGGCGUCCCGUUGUUUAGAGACGCCUUCACGCCAUCGACGCGACUCGUGUCCAUCAGACGAUGCCGGGGGUGGUUUCUUUUUUGCUGAAGAGGCCAUUCGGACCGAACCGCGAUGCUCCGCGCAGGCUGCGCGUUCGUGUCGUACUGCGGGCCCUUCAACCAGGAAUUUAGGGAUUACAUCGUGGAGAAGAAGUUGACGGCUGACCUUCGCAAGAAAGAUGUCCCUUGUUCUCCGUCCCUAGAUGUCAUUAGUCUGUUAGUUGACGUUUCCGAGACUUCCGAUUGGGCUUUGGCAGGACUACCAGGGGAUCCUCUCAGUAUCCAGAACGGCAUCGUGGUGACACGAUCCUCGAGAUAUCCACUGCUGAUCGACCCCCAGGGCCAAGCGAUCAAGUGGAUCCGGCAGCACGAGGCGGAGCGCUUACCUAACUUUGGUGUUACUGCACUAAAUAAUCCAAGAAUAAAGGAUCAAUUGGAGUUCGCCAUGGCCGAGGGCAAGGCGUUGAUCGUGGCGGGCGUCGAGGAGGAGCUCGACCCCAUGCUUGACCCAGUGCUCAACAAGCAGUGGAUCCAGAAGGGGAAAAGCAAGUACAUCAACCUCAUGGACAAGCUCUGCGAGUUCCAGGAGACCUUUGCCUUGUAUUUGAUUACUCGCUUACCGAAUCCGCAUUUUAGUCCAGAGGACCAGGCCAAAUGCGUCGUCGUCGACUUCACUGUUACCAGGAAGGGCUUGGAGGAGCAGCUUUUGGGGAGAGUGAUUCAGAAGGAACAGCGGUCCUUGGAGGAGCAGCUGUCGUCGGUCCUGAACGACGUGGCGACGAACACGAAGGCACUUUUAAGGUUAGAUGAGCUAUUACUGGAAAGGCUGUCGGCGAACACGGGUAACCUACUAGAUGACGAAGAACUCAUUGCGGUGCUGGCCGAAACCAAAACGAAAGCCGUCGAAGUGAAUGAGAAGUUGCUGGCCGCGGGGACGACGCGGGCGUCGAUCGACGAGAAGCGCGAGCAGUACCGGCCGGCCGCGACGCGCGGUUCCGUGCUCUAUUUUGCGAUCGUGGACAUGUCCCAGGUCAACGUCAUGUACCAGACCAGCCUAGAUCAGUUCCAGGGGCUGUUUGACUCGAGCAUGGACCUCGCGGAAAGAGCGUCGCUCGCGUCGAAACGCGUGGCCAAUGUUAUUGAUACGAUGACGUACAUCGUCUACCGCUACAUUUCUCGUGGCUUAUAUGAGAAAGAUCGACUGAGUUUCAAGCUUUUAGUGCUGUUCAACAUUUUGGUGACUGCUGGCAGAUUAACACCAUCGGAGGUCACGCUGUUCCUGAAGGGCGGCGCGGCCCUGGAUAUCAACGCCGUGAAACCGAAGCCCGUGCCCUGGCUCACGGACACGGCCUGGCUCAAUAUUGUGCAACUGUCCUCGGAUCAAGGGGCAAUCGUCUUCCGCUCGUUGCAGGACGACGUGCUAAGGGACGACGCGAAGUGGAAGGCCUGGUAUAAUGAUAAUGAGCCGGAACGACAGCCCAUACCGGGCAACUACCAACCUAGAUUCGAGGCCGAUCCGAACGGCGAUUUCUACAGGAUGCUCCUCGUCCGGUCACUCCGAGAAGACCGGACCAUCCUAUGUGUGGACGACUUCAUCACGCGCCUCGAAGCCAUCGACGUCGCCGGGACGAAACUCCCCUGCAUGGGCGGGAAGUUCACGCAACCCGUCACCGAAACGAUCGAGAUGACGUACGCAGACAUGUCGACGACGAUACCCAUCGUGUAUCUGUUGAGUGCGGGCGCGGACCCCACGGAUACCGUCGAGACCUACGCUCGCAAAAAGAAGAAGCACAUUACCUGUGUCAGCAUGGGGGAAGGCCAGGAGCCCGUCGCGCUGCGAGCGAUCAACAGUGCGACGGUCGAGGGCAUGUGGGUCAUGCUCCAGAACUGCCACCUCGGGCUGCCCUUCAUGGAGGGCCUCGAGGAGCUUUUGGGCAAGAUUAGAGUCAAUGAAGCCACGUUACCUGAUUUCCGAUUAUUUAUUACCACGGAACCGAAUCCCAAGUUUCCCAUCGGGUUGUUACAAUUAGCUGUUAAGGUUACUUGUCAGCCUCCUAGCGGUUUACGGGCGGGUCUCAUGCGUUCGUAUACUGUUAUAGUGGACCAAGACCGGUUAGAGCGAGUGGAGACGGCGCAGUGGCGGGUCCUGGUCUAUGCCCUAUGUUUCCAGCAUUCCGUCGUGCAGGAGCGUCGCAAGUACGGCGCCAUGGGCUGGUGCGUGCCGUAUGAAUACAACGAUGGAGACAUCAACGCUUGUUUACUCUUCUUGGAACGACAUUUGUACCAAGGGGCGUUGAGCUGGCCAACUUUACAAUACAUGGUCGCCGAGGUGCAAUACGGCGGCAAGAUCACGGACGAUCUUGACAGGAGACUAUUCCGAACGUAUGCGAACCAGUGGCUCACAAGUGCGACGACGAAACCCGGCUUCGCGUUCCGGCCGUCCGAGACCUUGCAAAAAAUCGAAAACGACUUUGGGUAUGGCUGCCCGCCCGGCGACACGCACGACGACUACGCCGCGUUUGCGAAAACAUUGCCUUCUGUCGAUUCGCCGGAGGUCUUCGGGCUCCAUCCGAACGCCGACCUCGCGUUCCGCAACAAGGAGGUGCGGAACUUAUUAGCUACUAUUUUGGAAACGCAGCCGAAAGGAGGCGGUUCGAGUGGAGGUGGCCCGACGCGAGAAGACGUGGUCUACGCGAAGUGCGAGGAGAUUUUGUCGGGCAUACCCGAGGACUACGUCGAGGAAGUUUAUGCGAAGGCCCUGGAUAUGAGUCAACCGCUGGACGUGUUCCUGAACCAAGAAAUUCAGAGGUUGCAGCUCGUGAUUGGGUCGGUGCGACAAAAAUCAAAUACCAUCUUGGGAGCUAUUAGGGGCGAAGUCGUAAUCACGCAACAGAUCAUCGACGGGAUCAAUGCGAUCUUCGACGCGAAGGUGCCCCACGACUGGGUCUUUUCUCCCGCGGGAGAUGAGGUGUCGUGGCAAGCUCCCACUAUCGGGUUUUGGGCGUCCGGCCUCGGGGCGAGAGAUGACCAAUUACGCAAAUGGAUCGCCGGCAAAGGAAGACCGAAGUCCUACUGGUUCCCGGGCUGGUCGAACGCGGCGGGUUUCCUGACGGCGGUCCAGCAGGAGGUGACUAGACGGCAUCGCAAUGAGGGCUGGGCGUUGGACGGCGUUCGCGUCGAUAGCGAAGUCACGGAGUACGACCGCGCGGAGCAAGUCCGUGCGCCUCCCCCAGAAGGAGUUUAUAUCAGUGGACUAUCGUUGGAUGGGGCCAUCUGGGACAAGUCGGGAGCUUGUGUCGCCGAGGCGAAGCCGAAGAUUUUGUUCUGCGAGAUGCCCGUCCUCUUCGUCACGGCCGUGACGAAGACGGCGAAGAAGUCGAGCGACUUGGGCCCCUUCGGCGGUUUUAGUUGUCCGGUCUACAAGUACGUCCGGCGGACGGACAAGUACAUCAUCUUCAUGGUCAACCUGCCGUCCCAACAGAAGCCGGACCACUGGAUCCUGCGGGGCGUCGCGCUGCUGUGCUUUACGUCCUAAGAAAUUACGGAAUAGUA